AUGUCAAACUCCAGUACUUCGAGCUGCCUGACGAACCUCGUUCCCGACGUCCUACCCAUCCCGCGCAACCUUACCUACGCCGUCAUCCCUGGCACCAACGCGUCCGAUCCGUGGAUGGUCGAUUGCUGCCACCCUAGUCCCGUGCACGUUGUAAAUACCUGCUUGGAAUGGUGCCAGCUCAACGGCACGAACGAGCAUGACGUCUCAGCGGAUUUCAACGAUUGA